UGCACAUUUUUGCAAAGACCGUGUAAUGUAUAUUUUUGAAUGCGCAGUGUAAUUUUCUUUAAAUUUCAGGGAGUUAUAGCCCCCUCUUGUCAUGGAAAACCUUACCAUGGAUAACAUGACUGUGGAGAAUGACACGUCGGUGCAUGACAACCAGACCCUGGGCGUGUGGACUGACUAUUCCGUUGAAUACAAAGUGGUCAGCGUGUUUUUGGUGUCGCUGAUAUGUGGGGUAGGGAUCGUGGGGAACGUGAUGGUCAUACUGGUAGUCCUGACCACCAAGCACAUGCGAACUCCCACUAACUGUUACCUUGUGAGCCUAGCGGCGGCUGACCUGAUGGUCCUGACGGCCGCCGGGCUGCCCAACAUUACCGACGCCCUGCACGGGCAGUGGGUGUACGGCUACGCGGGCUGCCUGGGCAUCACUUAUUUCCAGUACCUGGGGAUAAACGCGUCCUCCUGCUCCAUAACAGCCUUCACAGUGGAGCGCUACAUCGCCAUCUGCCACCCCAUUAAAGCGCAAUUCUUAUGCACUUUAUCCAGGGCUAAGAAGAUCAUCAUGCUGGUGUGGGCGCUAACUUCUGUUUACUGCAUCAUGUGGCUCUUUCUGUCAGACACUAAAAAGUUGGUCUAUGACAACGUGGUGCUACUCAGCUGCGCCUACAAAGUGUCCAGGAGUCACUACCUGCCCAUCUACUUCACGGAUUUCACGGUGUUUUACGUGCUGCCUCUCAUGCUGGCCACGGUUCUGUACGGAUUGAUCGCCAGGAUACUUUUCAUAAAUCCACUGCCUUCGGAUCCCAAGGACAGCACCAAGAAGUGGAAGAAGGAGACGACUCAGGGAGGGAGGAUGAUCAGCGCCAGCUCCUCCAGCAGCACCACGGCUGCGUCCCGCAGACAGGUGACAAAGAUGCUAGCUGUGGUGGUGAUCCUCUUCGCCUUGCUUUGGAUGCCCUACCGUACCUUGGUGGUGGUCAACUCUUUCCUGGACAAGGCCUACUUAGACACCUGGUUCCUGCUCUUCUGCCGUCUCUGUAUCUACCUAAACAGCGCCAUCAAUCCCAUCAUCUAUAAUGCCAUGUCCCAGAAGUUCCGUGCCGCUUUUAAGAAAUUGUGUCACUGUGGCCAUCAGCGCAUCGAGAAACCCGCUACCUACAGCGUGGCACUCACCUACAGUGUCAUAAAGGACACAUCCAACGGGGAAAGUCCUGACCAUUUCACUACAGUCAUGGACGAGCUCCACACACCAUCUGAUCAGUAUGUACCUGCCAGCAUCCUGCCAAGUGCCAAAAAAAUGCCGUAUGAAGAGCCUUCUCCAUCGAGCAAGGAUGUCAAGGCCUGACUGGAAACAAACUUUCCACUUAAAGGGGGUAUCAGAGACAGCUGCGGGAUUGAUUCAGACAUGUAUUGAAUAUACAGGCAGUUCCACCUUAAUUUGUCCAAGGUUUUUUCCUCUUGUAUGUCUGUUUUAUUUGACAACAGUUGCAAGUAGACAAAUAGGAUGCAACGAGAUGAGCUGCCCUGUGCUGUAAGAAUGAUCAGGAACAGUCUGCAGAGAAAAUCUCUGCUUAUUUGUCUCAAAAACAGGAAGUAUCAAUUAUUAAUGCACCUCAGCCACAUGAUGUAAUACUGAGACACCUUUUGUAUAAACUUUACUAUAAGCUUUACACUAUAAACUUGCAUGACACCGAUUUUUUUUUUUUUAGUGAAUAUCAUAGGUCUGUGUGAUAAUAGCCUUGCCAUUACGGACCUUUACAGCAAGUUUAAAACGAUUUUAGCUGUCUACCUUAACUCUUUGUUCAUUCCCAUUAGUCUGAUCGUGCCACUUUCAGCCACAGCAGGCAGCGGUUUUGAACAAACAGCUCUCACUCCACACUACCUGCUCAGCACGAAACAGCUGACAGAUUUAGCGAGCGCUGCUGGUGAACACAGUGGACAUUCAGCAGAUCAGAUAUUCCCCCGGGGACCCCCAGAUACCUAACAUUUAAAUUAAAUUUGCCAGCUGAUCAGAAGCAUUUUCACUGCCUGCAAACAGGCAAAAAAAAAAAAGAAGUAAUUCCAUAGUGUGCCUCAAACACCCCCCUUUUCACUAGUUUCUUCCCUUAGUAACAAACAGUACUUAAAUAGAGCUUAGCUUCAGACAUGUUUUAAUCGUUAGUGGCAGAAACACACACUUAAAGUGGACAUUAACUCAUUUUUAUUCCAUUUUCUUAACUGCUCGUCCAAUUCAGGGUUGCAUGCUGCUAGAGCUUCUACCAGCUGUCAUAGGGUGAAAGGCAAUGUACACCCUGGGCAGGUCUCUAGUCUAUUGCAAGGCAAUUGCAUAGAGACAGACCACCAUUCACACCUUCGGUUUACACUUUUACACAUUUACACUUUGGUUGAUGACUUGCUGUUAGUCUAAUGGCAGGCUGAUGUCUCUGUGCAUUCAGUGGACAGAUAUGGUCAGGGAUGUGUGGUGCAGGGGCUCAUGUCUUAUUAUUUCUCUUGUUAAUGUCACUCACAGGGCAAGGCAGCAUUCAAGAAUAAACUGCGUUUAUUCAUAGUAGGAAGAUGUGAACCAUCCACCAUGAUGUGCAGUCAUGUGGGACUAAUGUCAAACUAGCAACACACCAGUGAGAAACUAAAAAAAAAAACAAAAAUAAAUGGUCUCAGUAGGGUGGAUGACCACAUGCCACCACAGCAGCUUCAGCGCUCCUUAGCAUGUGGUUGUCCACCCUCUCAUUUGGUGUUUUGAUGAUGAUAGUAAAGAACACUCCAUAAAACAUCUCCCAUAGUAAUCCUAUCAAUUUCAUACUCAAUUAAAUUAUUCAUUUAAAUUAUUAUUAUUGAUUAUAUGACCAUAAGUGCCCUGUGGAUGGAUGGGAGGUUUCUCUUCCUGGAAGAGACCACUUUCACCGGGACAGAAACAUUUCCUUAAAAGGGAUAAAGGCGAUCUUGAGUUUUCAGAGGACCUCUAAAUGGUGUGUUCCCAGUCGAGUCCCUCAACACUGAUGUCAUGUCCUUUAAUUUAUCAUUACACAUUUUAGAUGGAAAGUUUAAGUGCUUUUGCUGUAAAGUAACAUUAUUUUGUGUAGUAUGUACAAUAUUAGACUGGCUUGAAAAAGUUUUGUUUCUGUGUUGGAACAGCAUAGAACUGACCACAUGUAUAUCAAAGUCCCAUGAUAGAUGUUUAUAUUUUUUACAUUACCCAGCCCUACAGGAUAUCAUUUUACCAACCCUACUGUACACAGGUUUUACAAAUGUCUUUUCUCUUUGCUAAUAUACCACCAGAGGCCCUGUAAUUCAAAUAAAUCCAAUAUGCAUGACAUUUUAGUCUUGCUGCUACAGGGAAAGCAAAAAUAUGGAUUUAAUUGAGCUUUUAAAAAUAGGUCUAAGUAUAAGAACGACUUAAACUUGUUUUGCCAAUUUAAAAUCUUCUGAAGUUUAAUGAUCUAUGUGUGGAUUUUAAACUUAACAGUGAGAGACACACACCAAAGUCUUAUGUUGGAUAACUGCUGUGGACUCACUGUGGAGAGCCUGUGUGGGUCAGUGGCCGGUGUAUCGAUAUGAGAUAGAAGAGUGUGCAGCUCAGAUAUGCAGAACGAGAGGCUGUUUGUUAAAGGGUCCAAUAGCUGUCAUGACAGUAAUUCACUGAAACUGCAGAAUGCAGCACAUUUUUAUCUGCUCAGCAAAACCCAAGAGAGCAAAGGUGUAAAUAGAUCACAACAAAGUGCCAUACCUGAGUUGGUGCAAUCCACACUAUGUAUAUAGCUCACACCCGGCUAUUAAAGGACGGAUCUUCUAGUUCUUUGAGCUACAUGUACAGUGUGUGUAAGCUAAAGAUGUGUCAAGGGGAUGUAUGAGAAAGGAACUCCGUGAGAGGGACCUUUUUCACGCUAAAGCGAAGGCUUUUUCUGUCAAUAUUGUCAAGUUGCUUGAAAUUGAUUGUGCAGUGCAAUGUGAAAUUCAAUGGGUAUUGUGUUUUCAAAUUGUGGCAGCAAAUGCAUUUUUUUUUUUUUUUUAAAUAAUUGCUCAUUUUGAUCUAUUGUUCCAUCAGUGUGUUUGCUAUCAUUUCACACCAGCGGGUGAGGGCUAAACACAAGUAGAAGAAGAAAGUGAAGAGAAAAAAAAAAAAUUAAACGGUUGUAGUAGUUGUAGUGUGAUGUACCACUUAUUUGUACAAUUUUCAAUUUCUCCCUUUGUUCUCAGUUGAAGCAUAUUUAAUUUUUUUGACAAACAGCUGUGAUGGAUACUUUGUGUUCUGCGCUGUCAGGAGCAUGAACGCAGGCUUUUGUGAAGUCCUACCUGAUGAGUUUCUAUCUGAUGCAGUGUUUUUGUGCACGCUCCUGUCUGGAGGUCGCUUUUCUCUGCUGUAGCUGUUUGAUGGCUUGCUUUGUAUUUUGUA